AGGGAAUCGUCAGCAUACACGAGGAGGACUCGCUGUGAGUGCUGAGUCGAAUCUCUCUUUCUCUCGCCCCUCAUCGAGAGAAACCGGCAAUUUUAUUUCAAGAAAAAAGGCGUGGGAAAGACUACACCUUGAAAGGAGGAAGUUUUAACGAUUUUAGAGGAUAACCUUAACAACGGGUUAAGGGUGGACACUGGAGUAACUAAGUGCGUAGUUAACGUUUGUCUCGAGAACAGUACAGUGAAAAUUCAGACCCACGAUGGACCCAAGAGACACUGCCCCUGAUUCUUGGGAACAGGAGGACGAUGGCGAGGCCCCAGUCGACGUGCAACUUCCAGCUGCUUUCACCGCCCUUAACGUGAACGCCAAGCCGUUUGUACCUAAUGUUAACGCCGCUGAAUUCGUUCCGGCUUUUCUUCAGAAAGGGCCCGUGGAAAAUCCUGAGCCUGCAGGUACUGAGACAGCUGCAUCGAUGGAAGUUUCGGAUCCAGGGGCGCCAGUAGAGAACGGCGAUACAGAGAUGACUCCAGAGGAGACAUGGGAGCAGAAGGGCUAUGAACCCAACGAGGCAGAGCCAGGAGGCGGCCCGGCGGGAGACGGGGGUCCUGCCGAAGAGGAGUCUCCCCAAGAAGAGGGAAUGGAGGAGGAAGAGGAAGUGCCAAAACCUAAAGUAGCCCCCAUCCCGCCAGACGCCCCCAAAAAGGAACACGUAAACGUGGUCUUCAUCGGGCAUGUCGAUGCUGGCAAGUCGACCAUUGGAGGACAGAUCAUGUAUCUAACGGGAAUGGUUGACAAGCGGACCCUGGAGAAAUACGAGAGAGAAGCCAAGGAGAAGAACAGGGAGACAUGGUACCUGUCCUGGGCCCUCGACACAAACCAGGAGGAGAGAGACAAGGGAAAAACUGUGGAAGUUGGACGUGCCUACUUCGAAACUGAAAAAAAGCACUUCACCAUCCUGGACGCGCCAGGCCAUAAAAGCUUUGUCCCCAACAUGAUUGGUGGAGCAUCACAGGCAGACCUGGCUGUACUGGUGAUUUCUGCGAGGAAAGGCGAGUUUGAGACAGGCUUUGAGAAAGGGGGGCAGACACGAGAACAUGCCAUGUUAGCCAAGACGGCAGGAGUCAAACAUUUGAUUGUCCUGGUCAAUAAAAUGGACGACCCCACCGUGAACUGGAGCCUGGAGAGGUACGAAGAAUGUAAGGAAAAGCUUGUGCCAUUUCUGAAGAAGGUUGGGUUUAAUCCUAAAAAGGACAUUCAUUUUAUGCCCUGUUCUGGCCUGACUGGGGCCAACCUGAAGGACCCAGCGGAGCAGUGCUCUUGGUAUACAGGGUUACCAUUCAUUCCACAUCUGGACAGUUUGCCAAACUUCCACAGAUCCAGCGAUGGACCAGUUAGAUUACCUAUUGUAGAUAAAUACAAGGACAUGGGCACUGUGGUGCUGGGGAAACUGGAGUCAGGCUCCAUCAGUAAAGCACAACAGCUCGUCAUGAUGCCAAACAGGCACACUGUGGAGGUCCUGAGUCUCCUGUCUGACGAGGUGGAGACCGAUGAUGCAGGCCCAGGAGAAAACCUGAAACUACGUCUCAAAGGUAUCGAGGAGGAGGAGAUCCUGCCUGGAUUCAUUCUGUGUAACGCUGAGAAUCUAUGCCACUCUGGCCGCACCUUCGACGCCCAGAUAGUCAUCAUUGAACACAAGUCCAUCAUCUGCCCGGGGUAUAACGCAGUCCUGCACAUCCACACCUGCAUCGAAGAAGUGCAAAUUACCGCCUUAAUCUGUCUGGUAGACAAAAAGACAGGUGAGAAAAGCAAGACACGACCACGCUUCGUCAAGCAGGACCAGGUGUGUAUAGCCCGUCUGCGAACUGCAGGGACCAUCUGCCUUGAGACCUUCAAAGAUUUCCCCCAGAUGGGACGCUUCACCCUCCGAGACGAAGGUAAAACCAUUGCCAUUGGGAAGGUGCUGAAGCUUGUUGCUGAGAAGGAAUGAAGCCAGUGCAUGAGCAUAAUGGAACCAGUCAGUGAGGCGGAGAGGGGGGGGCCUUUGGCCCGCCUCCCUUGCCCAUCUCGCUCUGCCUCCCCAAGACCAGCUUAAAAAACUUGUCUGAAAAAGAAAGAAAUCAGUUUUUAAGCAAAUGAAAAUGAAAUCAAGUCCACACGUGUCAGCCUUCUCAUAUUGAGAGCUAAACAAUGCCAUUUUAUUUCAUGCCCACAAGUCAACACUUACGAUUGUACAAGACCUGACUCUCUUCCCAUCUGUAUUUUUGAUUUCUUUUUCUUCUGUUUUUUUUUUUGGCUUCCAUCAGAGAAGUAGAACCGCAGCAGACGCUGCAGAAUGAUGUGGACCAGAGUUUGUUUGGAAAACACGAUUUACAGACCUGUUUAAAACAAUUAACAAGUGAAAACCAAAAUGUUAAUAUCUUGGUUGUAUAUGUUUCCCUUUGAUUAUACCCACUUUGGUUUCUCUUCUCAGAACGGUCUUGCAAAAGUGCUCGAGCGUACCACAUGUUAAAGCAACUUCUAUGACAAUAAACUAUUAAAAUUGGAGAAAA